AUGAACGCACCAAAAGCCACCACCUCAUUGCAGCCGCCGCUGCCACCGCCGCAGCCGUCAGCCUGGCAGGACUGCGCCGGAGCGCCCGCCUGUUCUCCCCCCGCGCACUGGCACAGCAAUACCCCAUUGCUCUGCUCGGGGCCCCCUCAUGCGCCGCCCGGCUCGGCAGCCGUACCAGCCCUAACUACUAACGGAGUUGCAGCAAGUCAGAUGGGUUGUCAUACAUCUGUCUUGCCGUACAGUGGAGGUGGCACGUCAUCAGCGCCUGCGUUCCAAAGCGCCUUCCCGACGCCAGGAGCCUGUUCGUCCGCAACGGCAUCGGUCGCCAUGGCGGCAACGCCGCCGGGCACCGACGACGGCGUCGGCGGGUGCUAUAGCAGCUGUGCGGAGACGGGUACGAUAGCACCGGCGGCGGAGGCGCUGUCAAUGCUUCCAAGUCGAGGUAGCGGUGCAGGAUCCGUAGUAAUGACUAUGGCAGCGAGCGUGCCGACACUACUGGUGGUGAGGCCGGCGGCAGCGACAGCGGCGUACGACACCCACCCGCGCGAGCUAGUGACGGCGUUAUCUCAGUCAAGCAACUGCGGCGGCGGCAGCGGCGGUGGAGGCGGCGCUGCCGCCGACUUAAGCGACGGCGGCAGCAGGGUCGCCCCUGUCGUGGUUGAUCAGUCCUCGCUGCGACGACCGCCGCCGCCAUCCCUCCGUGGACCCUGCUGUGACACGCCGGCAGCGCCAAUGGUGCCGACGGCGUUUGCGCCGCCGCCGUCGCCGCCUUCGUCGCCGCCGCCGCCGAGUGUCCAUGCCCGACAGCUCGCCCGCGCCGCCGCCGCCAUCGCCGCCGCAGCCAUGCUAGGCCAACCUCCGCCGGACCUCGAGGCGAUGGGCUUGCUACCACCUGGCUACCCCCAAUGCAGGUUGCCGUUGCUACAGCUGCCAGCUGCUACAGCCACUGUGGUGUCGCAUUUUGGCAGUAGCCCCUCGCAUCAACAAAAUCCCCUGCAUCAAAUCCACCAGUGCCAGCAUCACCACCGGUGUCAGCACACGGCGGCGGCGUUGAACGCUGUGGAUAUGGGCGGCGGCGCUGUCGCUGACUGCGGUGACGGCGGCGGCGGCAGCGGCGCCGCCGCCGCUACAGCCUCUGCAUGCGGCGACUACUUCGGCUGCACCGGCGGCUGUAGCUGCGGCGGUGGCAGCUAUGCGGAAUAUGAGGGACUUGAUCGUAGCCGAUGGCGGGCGGCUCAGCGGUACCACCCCUAUGGCCGUGGCGCCUGCGGCAACCGGACCUGCGCUAGCGGCGGCGGCGGCGGCAGCGGCAGCGGCGGUGUCCAAGCCUCCGCAACCUCCAUUGCGGGCCAGCAGAACUUCCAGAAGCAGCAACAGCAAAGGCCGUGCUUGACCUGCCAUGCCUGCUGGUGCUGCCGUACUGCAUGGAUCUCGCCACCGCCGCCGUCGCCGGCGCCGCCGCGUUGUUGCGCUCUUAUGGAACGUCGCCACUCCAUCACAUCGACGAUACCCAGGAAGUGCUGUGGCUGUGGAUGCGGUCAAGACUCGUCCAGUCCAUUGGCAGCGGCGGCCGUGGCGAUGUCGCCGUCGGGUGCCGCUAGUUGCGGUGGCGUUAGCUGCGGCGGCGACAACAGCUGUGGCGGCGGCGUUUGUGGCAAGCAUAACAACAGGGGUAUGCGCCGCGGCAGCGGGGAGCUGCACUUUGGCUUGCGGCGAGUGGAGAAGGGGUUUAGCUGUAUGGAGGUGGACGGCGCCAAGCAGCCCGGCGAGACCGGCGGCGGCAGCUGCGGCGACGGCGGCAGCGGCCCAUCCAUUGCCGCAGCUAGGGCCAGCAGCAGCGGCGGCCAGCAGCCGUGCUGCGUCGGUCUGGCGCAAGUUGCGGCGCGGCCACCGGUUCGACCACCGGAGCGGACUGCUGGAAGGCCGCCGCCGCCGCUGCCGCCGCCGCCGUCGGCCCCCAAAAAUGAGUUUCCGGCAUGGACUCCCAUCUCUCAAAAUCGUCCCCUGGGAUGCACUUGCCCUGCCUGCUGCCGUACAUUAUCGUUUGGGCCUUAUUCCGACCCCUCCCAGGCCCCUCCUGCAUCUGCGAGCCCAUCGGUCUCCUCGCCGCCGCCGCCGCCGCCGCCGUCAUCUCACCCUUCGCAACCGUACACAUCUGCGCCAUCACCGCACACGUCCCUCGGCAAGCCGUACGGCACAGGGGCGCCGAUGGUGCCACGAUGUACUCUGCCGUGCUGUAAUCCAUCGCUGACGGCCACGGCGGCGCCGCCGCCACCGCCAACCCCGCUGUCGCCGUCGCCGCCAGCUUGGACCUCGUCCCACUGCUCCCUGCCUUGUUGCGAUCCUGCCGCAGCGGCGCGGCGUGGCUGGGAGGGUCCCAGACAGGGUGGCUCAGCUCCUAGCUCGUGUACGGCAGUACGGGAGUGCGCGUAUGAUCCCAAUUGCAGUACUUCUUUGCGUUCUCCGGUGCUAGGCCCUCAGCCAGGACUGAUGUUGCCGUCACCGCCGCAGCCGCCGCGAGGGCAAGGCCAUCAACGCUGCCGCCAGUACGGCGGCGGAUGGGAUGAUGCCAUCGUCAUUGUCAAUGCCGUCGUACGCGUCAUCUGGGAGACCGGUCCUGGCACGCCAGAUGUGUUGUCUGGCAGGUGCACCAUGCGCCGCGGCGUCGCCGCCCCCGUCAGCGCCGGCGCCUUGGACUUCGUACGGACAGGCCCCCCUCCCCGCUUCCGUCGGAGAGUGCAGCGUCGGCGUCACAAGCCGAUCACGGCCAGCGGCGGCGGACCCGGCGGUGGAGCCGGCAGGGGGCUCACGGUGCGGCAUUUUUCAGCCGCAGCCGCCGCCAAUGUCGUCGUCUGCAACGGCCAUUUGUACUGCCUCCCCGGCAACGUCGCCGUCAGCUUUCCCAUUCUGACCCAAUGGACGGUCGUCAUCACCGAUCCUGCAGCCGCGGCCCAGGUCCUAGCAGUUGUACCGGGCCGUACACACAACUACACCCUCGUAGAUGAGGUGCUGGGUGGCCCGGGGAAGAUCAGCAUGUUCGGCACGCGGGAUGAGGCCCAUUGGCGGAAUGUACGGAAAGCUACAGCCCCUGCCUUCUCCAUGGCUAAUGUUAGGCGUUACUUUGGCGGUGUACUGAGCGCUUCAGGCGAGCUGUUGGAAUCCCUGGAACUCGAUCAGCUCGAUGCGGGUUACGUAGAUGCGGAGCCGUACCUGCAGAGGAUGAUGUUGCGAGCCACCCUGGAGGGGCUGUUCGAGGUUCCUGACGCGCGCGCUCUCCCCGGCUUUGAUUUGCUCGUCCCACGCAUUCUGUUGCUGAUGGCGGAAGCCAACCGUCAGAUCGUUGAUCCGUUGUGGGCCUUAUGGUACCGUACACCGCUUGCACCGCUGCUGUCCAAGCAUGUGUCUGAGUGCCGUGCGGCAGUACGGGAGGUUAGGGCUUUCCACACCGCCACUGCUGCUAGACUACUGGACAGGCCCGACCCCCCCUCAGACAACACACUGCUGUGGGCGUGUCUUCACCGACUUCGCCACCACAUCACCGGCGCCCGCCUCACCCCUACACAGCUACAUCCCGAGGUGGGUAUGUACACCACGGCAGGGUUCGACACCACCGCUUCAACCGUGGGUUGGUGCCUCUACGCGGCCGCACUUCACCCCGAUCAGCAGCAGAAGGUGGCGGACGAGCUGCAGCAAGCGUGUGUGUUUGGUAACGGCGCGGUGGUUGUACAGGGGGAGGGUGAAGAAGGGGGUGCCGCUGCCGGCGGCAGUCCCCGACCCGGGAUACGGCAGUUUCGGUUGGACCCAACGGUAUGCCCCAGUCCUGAGGACCUUGUCAAGUUGCCGUACCUAACUGCCUUCGUCAACGAGGCAAUGCGGCUGUACCCCACUACGGCGGUGGCGGCGGAGAGGGUGAGCCCCGAUCGCCCCGUCGCUGUGGGGCCCUUCACACUGCCCCCCGGCGUGGUGCUGUGGCCGCUGGUGUACGGCAUACACAUGUCGGACGCAAACUGGGACGAGCCGGAGGCGUUCAGAAUGGAACGCUGGUUGGAGGACCCCCGUUGCGCAUUUGCGCGGGGGGAGAGUGCCACAGCCAAUACCAAUACCGUUACCGUUACUACCGCCACCACUACCAGCCGUACUAACACGCGACCAAGGGGCAGCCAGCAGCAGCAGCGGCAGCAGCAGCAGCAGACGGGGGACCCCCAGGCCGCGGGUGGUGGAGGAGUCUCUGCCGUUCAAGGGGGGCCGGGGGCUUCCGGCGCCCCUCGGCGCUUUUUGCCCUUUGCGGAUGGACCCAAGAAUUGCGUGGGCCAGAACUUCGGCCUGGUAGUGGUUCGUGCCGUCUUGGCGUUGCUGCUCAGUCGCUACCGAGUUGCCCUCCACGGGGAUAUGGGCCUGGAGCGGCCGGAGCUGCCGCUGCAGUCGCCCUCUCCCUCGCAGACCCUGGGGACGGAGGCGGCGAAGAUGGAGGGGAUGGAGGAGGAGGAGGAGGGCGGGGAGGAGGGCGGGUGGGAGACGGACGUCCUGGACGAGGGGGCGGAAGCAGCUGCGGCUGAGUUUGACGAGGGUGGAAAUGGCGGGUGUGGCAGCUCCCCCAAAACCCGCCCCCAGCAGCAGCAGCAGCAUCUGCAGCAGCUCCUCGCCGAGCACACCGCCCGUCUAACCAGGGUGGCUGUGGUGACGAAGCUGUCCAAGUUGCGGCUGGUGAUGACUCCCCGGGACUGA